CUAGGACAUGGAUCGGGUUGGCGGCUGCAGCGAGCUUCAAGCUUCAGGCUCUGUUCUAAUUGCCACAGGCGAAGAGCACGUGCAAUUUGCUCAUGUGUUACGAAUCCAUGGUAUCAAUUUGCCAAUCGUGUGACUCAAAAUUGCUUCAAUCUCGACCUGUGGCCAAUACCGUACGCCCAAUAUCAGGACGAAAGUCCUCUAUCCUGCAUCGGUGCGAGGAACUUUUUACCGAUGUUACAACAAAUUGGGAAUGCAUGGUGACUUUUGAUGUCUCAUGUACUCCUCAAUCAAGUUGACUCAAGUGCAAAGAACUCAUUUGGUUCAUUUGUGGACAUUUUGCACCUCAUGAGGUAUAAAUGUCUACGACAUGCAGCUGAAAGAGUAAGGGGAAAAUGUCUCUAGUCGUUGCCAUAGCCGAGAGGUUCUUCUCAGGAAGAUCACGUUGCAUGAGGGUUUUCCCCGGUGACCUUGAAGCGCAACCCUGCUGUGGCAUACGCAAAACCCUAGUUGGGAUGUCGGGAAGAUGUUAGCAGUAAGCAGACGAAUCAAGAGUACGGUGCAAAGACUGGCUCUUGGUGAGAUGGGUACCUUCCAUCUCAAAAUGACAUGAGUACGAAACGAGAUAAGAGGAUGUAUUAAGGUUUGCAAGCGAGCUCGUUUCACACUCUGUACCUUGGCGACGACGCACUGCAUGAAUUUUGGUUGAAGGCUCCGCGAAAGACCUUAUUCGAGGGAUGAAUUUUGGUUGAAGGCUCCGCGAAAGACCUUAUUCGAGGGAUGGCAGCACAGGAGGCCGCAAAUUGGGCACUAGCUUGCAUCAGACCUGCACCACCUGGAUCGCCUCCAUUCUCCACCUUGACAGAUGAUCAGAUUCUGGCGCUUCACUUUCUGUUCAACAAAACUCUGGACAAGGCGGUGCGGAUAAUAGAGCAGGGAGGAGUGUACCGACUUGUGGCUGAACCGAGUAGACGAGAGGUGUUUCAGGUGAUGGGGAAUCCGAAAGAAAAUCAGCACUACGUGUGUUUCCCCGAGCAUUUCUGCUCGUGCCAUGCGUUUUUCUUCGACAUCGUAUCUCGAGGUCAUCAAAUUUGUUGCAAACAUCAACUGGCUGCAAGAUUAGCAGCAGCUCUUCAGGUCUUUAAACCGAUCACCGUCACCGACGUUGAACUCACACAGCUUCUACUGGACAUGUGAAUUGGGUCAUCGUCCCACAUCAGAUUCUGUUCGGUUCACCAGGUCCAGAACCUAAGGAUCGAAUUCGAACGACGAUACACAUUUGACAUGGUACAUGGUGCCGGAGCGGCGACCUAGACGCCAGGUGAAACUCAUCUCACGCCUUGUAAGAAAUCGGUCAACAAAUCUUACCGUUUCUGAAAAUUAUGCAUGCAGUUCCGCCAGUCACACUCAUUGGAUCGAGGCAGCUGGCGCAGACACUUACAGGCCCCUCUGGAUCCCGAAGAGGCUCACCAAAUGAGGCCAAUGCUUACGAAUCCAGAUCAGCGCAGCCUCCAGAAGUAGGUCACUUCUAGUCACAGGACUGCCAGUCGAAGAACAACCAGUUGAUGACAUUUUCGAUCGGUGGAAGUCAGUCCAUUCACUUCCUGAGUAUGUGACUGAAGGGUUUUGUAAUUACGAACAGAGCCUGAGGAUAAAACCAGUGAAGAACUUGCACUGCACACAAACUGCCACACCGACAUCAUGUCCUGCUCUGCUAUGCACUACUAACUCCAGAACACAAGUCGUACAUGCUGUGCAGAUUCUGCGAUGUCAAAGUCUGUGCAUGUCCUACACCCUCGGCCUCGUAGUAUGUACGCCCACACCGUAAGACAUGAAUUGUACUGUUUGAACAAUGAUGAUCAGAUAAUUCUCAGCUGAAGGGUUGCGUUGGAGGCACCUGAAUCCGAACAGAGCGAAGAGGAUCUUCUGUAGAAUGAGGCAAUCUUUUUGUCGCCUGUGUAUGACUAACAUGUAGCCUGAAAGUUCUCAUCUGAUAAUAAACAGAGACCAGAUUACGUGCUGCGGACAACCUUUUGCACAAGGUGGUGUUUCUUGCAGUGCAUGUUCUGCUGGUACCAGUGAUGGAGCUAAUCUGCACAGGUGAGAGUGAUACAACAUCAUUUCGUCAUAACCUGGGAGGAAUUGAGUGCCAGCUCGCAAUGAAGACAACGCUAACAUUGCGACUUGCACUGCAAUGAAGGAAAACCAAUUCUCUUGUUCGUGAAUACCAUUCUGAAUAGUGGUCUGAAAUCAGGAACAUGCGAAGUAAGUAACAAGGAUUUGGAUCAUGACGGGUUUGCUACAUACAGUAGUUAGAUUUCGAGGUCUAAAUGCAUACCUAGUUUAUCGAUGAUUGUGAUUUCAUAUUAUGAUUAAAAUGCUUUAGUUAUAU